GAGCACUCAAAAAUGGCGACGGAUGUAAACAUGGUAAAAUUGAACGGAUCUUUUCGAAAAUCAGCUGCGUGAUAUUUGUAAGGAACGCAUCAAUAGUUGAUUUGGGUGGAGGCGUUGUGAAAACCAUAAAAAGACAUGGCAAAUUCCUUGGACCUAAAGGUGAUGCUAAAACACUUAUCAAAUGGUACGCUGGGCGAGAAUUUGUGCAUUAUAUGUCUGUCGCCGCUUCAAGACCAGUACGAGAAUAUUUUUACGGAGAUUUGUAAACAGGACAAGAAUUAUUGCAUAGCAGAUGUGCUUCAAACUAUGUGCCAAAUUACGCUAUCAGAAAGUGAUAACUACAAUGCAUGUAUAAACUGUUUUAUGAUGGCAUCCAUGGCACACAAAUUCUAUCUACUAUCAAAACGGAGUCACGAAAUCCUUGAAUUCUAUUCUGACCAAGUUUUGAACAACUUGGAUCAAAUACAGAUACCUGAGGAAUCUACCAAUGACACUCUAUGCCUGUCCCUUCCUGAGAUAUCAACUGAGACACCCAUUUACGACUACAAUUUACAUGGUAUAGGUAAAAAGGGUAAAAAGAAAGUUACCAAUAUAGAAUCAGACCAAAAACCUGUUAUAGUAAAAGAAGUGAAGCAAGAGAGUGCUGAGGAUGAUGUAGUGGUAAUUAUAAAGGAAAAUGAUGAGUCUAUGUUCUACAAAGUGAACCCCGAUGGAGGCUUGGAACUAGUAAAUGACCUUGAGAAAGAUUACUACAAGGUAGCAUUUGCUAAUGAGCUGCCCAGUGAGAAACAGCCGAAGCGGAGAAGGAAAAGAGGUCCGAUGACACUGAAGCUGUGUACCCGAUGUCCUGUUAAAUACAGGUUUGCUGCCAAACUUAAAGAGCACAUGAAACUGGAGCAUAAAGUAGAUCUCUUUGUUUGUAAGGUCUGUAAAGCUAUGACAGAAGAUGAACAGGAGUACCACAACCACUUGAAGACACACACAAACAUACACCAGUGUGCCCUAUGCAACAUGGUGUUUAAGAAACGGGAUACCAUUAUCAAUCAUCUCAAGUGGCAUGAGAAAAUGAGGAAUAUUAGCCAGGCUGAAAACGCCCACAUCUGUGAAAUAUGCGGGGUGAUCCUUGAGAAUGAGGAUGGCUUGAAGCAGCACUAUGAGAACAAACACUACAAGAAGUUCACAUGUUACUACUGCGGCAGGAUGUAUAAGGGAGAGAUGAGCUUUGAUAUGCACAUCAAGAAACAUGAGGCUAACAUGGAAAUGGAGGCAUUGAAGAAAAAACAAGAUAAACAGGAUGCUUCUUCAAAAACACAGAAAGCAGCUCCAGAAGCACAGAAACAAGAGGUUAACAAGAAGAAGUGUAUGUGUUCUACAUGCGGUCGAGACUUCGUCGACGAGAGAUCGCUGAUGUGGCAUCAACGACUGCACAAUAAUGAACGACCUUAUAACUGUGAUGUGUGCGGUCGCGGCUUCGUGUCGCUGAACCGCCGCAACCAGCACGCGCUGUGCGCUCACACAGCUCCCACGCGCCGCUGCCCGCUCUGUCCCGCGCUCUUCCAUCUGCGAUCCAUGAUCAACACGCACAUCAAAAAGGUGCACCUAAAAGCGCACAAGCGUCGCAACCGCAUCAGCAAACACCAGAAUGUGUACUGGCGCACCGAGGCUGUUCCCAUCCAAGAGCUCAGCGUCGACAUACAGAACGAUAUUCUGGAACUACAGGCUGCUAACAACGAACAAGAUUGGACAUUCCUGGGCACAUCAUCUACAAUGGAAAUUGAAGAAGAAAUUUGAUUGUCACUAAUUAUUCAUUCAAACUUUAAAUACAUCUAAUGAAUUGUUGUAUAAUUAGGUUUAACUGUUGUUGAUCAUUCUUUAAAAUUCAAGCCUUUGAAACAAUAAAGUACAAAUCAAUUUAAUUCCUAAUACUUAGUUUAUUCAUCUGUUUGUAUCAUUUAAUGUACACCAAUGAAAAUAUAUAAGCAAAAAUAAAAAAACUUACAGGUAUGAAGUUUUACCUAAUGUUUCAGCCGUUUUCAUGAUUUUUUGGCUGUGCCUCAGUAGACAUUAGUUAUUUGAAAAUAAUGUGUGAUUUUUCUUCUAUAAUUCUAGAGUAAUAAAGCUUAAAAUCUUAAAAAA